UCGUCACAGCGCUGUUCGCUAGCUAAAUGUGGAAGACGUAAUGAAAGCAAUUAUUUGUUUGUAGUACGACUGUGUUAUCCUGUAUCACAGCUAAAAGAAAAUGCUGCUAUUUUGUCCAACGUGUGGAAAUGUGCUGAUCGUAGAGGAGGGUCAAAGAUGUUACAGGUUCGCUUGCAACACAUGCCCCUACGUUCACAACAUCACAAGGAAGGUUAACAACAGAAAGUACCCCAAACUGAAAGAGGUAGAUGACGUUCUUGGGGGCGCUGCUGCUUGGGAAAAUGUAGAUUCCACAGCAGAACCUUGUCCUAAGUGCGAACAUCCGAGGGCUUAUUUCAUGCAGAUACAGACCAGAUCUGCUGAUGAACCGAUGACCACUUUCUAUAAAUGCUGCAAUCCACAGUGUGGUCAUCGUUGGAGAGACUGAACAAUCAGUGUGUACAGUGGUUUAUAUAGAUUGUGUGCCAUGAAAGGUCAUGAACACAGACAACAGUCCUACGUGGUGAUAGAUGAGAAUCUUAAGGCUCUAUUUAGGUAAAAUAGGCAGAUUCUUUAAAAGGAUUGACAAAGUGUUGCAUAUGAAGUUGUGAACUUAUGUUGAUGAUUUGUAAAACAGUUUAUGUUUAAAUGUAAUAAAACAACCACUCAGA